AUGCUGAUGAAUGUUAAAAGUUGCCUUAAAUAUUAGACUCUUAUUCUUAAUUUAGAGCUAGAAUUAAAAAAUUUACAGCUUAGAUUGAAGGAGGAUCUGUUAAGAGAAAGAAAUAAUUGUUAGGAUUAAGAUGAUAAAAUACAUUAUGUCUCUAAUAAAAAAAUAUCCAAUAACCAAAUUUGUUUUUAUUAAGAGGGAAAAUAUUUAGGAACAAUAUUCGAAAAAGUUCCAAAGGCCUUAAUAAUAUAUAAAGAAUUUCGAGAUUUCCUUUCAUAUUCUAAAACAAAAUAUAAUUGUGAAAGUUUUCAAAGAUUAUUAUGUUAAACUUAUAAAUACAGGCAGAUUGUUAGAUAGAUGCUAUUGGAAAUGAUUGAUUUUGAACAAGAAAAUAAUGGAUUAAUAUGUAAGCUAGAAUUCCUUGAAUAGAUAUAAAACAAAUCAACAUUAUUUAGAAUACUUCGAUACUUGUAUAAAAAAUGA